UGGGUGCCAGUUUAAAGGGUUUAACAAAGCUACAGCUGCAUCCACACAAGGUUAUGGGAAGGACCUAGAGGAACCAAAUUCAGCUCUCCGAAUGACACCGACGGUGAAGAAAUUGUCUUCUCAGGAAAAGGAUCUAAUGAAUAGAAGUCUGCACUCUGAGAAAGAACCGAAUGGCUUCAAAGAAAAAGACCCUGACUGCCAUAAUGAUUCAGAGAAAGAGGAAGAACCUUUGCUACGAGAAAACCCCCGACGGUUUGUCAUCUUCCCCAUUCAGUACCCCGCCAUCUGGAAGAUGUACAAGCAGGCACAGGCGUCUUUCUGGACGGUGGAGGAGGUUGAUCUAACCAAAGACUUGCCACACUGGGAGCGUUUGAAACCUGAGGAGAAGCACUUCAUCUCCCAUAUCCUGGCCUUCUUUGCUGCAAGUGAUGGUAUCGUCAAUGAGAACCUGGUGCAGAGGUUCUGUCAGGAGGUGCAGGUCCCUGAAGCACGCUCCUUCUACAGCUUCCAGAUCCUGAUAGAAACGGUUCAUUCAGAGAUGUACAGCAUGCUCAUCAACACUUACAUCAGGGACCUAAAGGAGAGGGAUUAUCUAUUUAAUGCCAUUCAGACGAUGCCUUGUGUCAGACGAAAAGCAGAUUGGGCACUUCAGUGGAUAAAUGACAGCAAAUCCACAUUUGGUGAGCGGAUUGUGGCUUUCGCUGCAGUGGAGGGAAUCUUCUUCUCUGGAUCAUUCGCUGCCAUCUAUUGGCUCAAGAAGAGAGGACUAAUGCCCGGCCUUACCUACUCCAACGAGCUGAUCAGCAGGGAUGAGGGCCUGCACUGUAACUUUGCCUGCCUGCUGUACAGCUACCUGGUGAAGAAGCCAUCAGAGGACCGGGUAAAGGACAUCAUCACCAAAGCUGUUAGCAUUGAGCAGGAGUUUUUGACAGAGGCCUUGCCAGUGGAUCUCAUUGGAAUCAACGGUUGUCUGAUGAAGCAGUACAUCGAGUUUGUGGCUGAUCGGCUUCUCGCUGACCUCGGACUGGCCAAGGUCUACCAAGCUGAAAACCCAUUUGACUUCAUGGAGUCCAUUUCACUAGAAGGGAAAACCAAUUUCUUUGAAAAACGAGUGGCGGAGUAUCAGAGAUUUGGAGUUAUGUCGAGCAUGACGGACUGUGAAUUCACUCUGGAUGCAGACUUCUGAAAUGGAGAUUACAUUCUGCUACGUAUUUGUUACAUUUGACCUAUUUAUUGUUUUUGUUCAAGUUCUUGUUGACAAAAACAGCCUGGAGUAUUGUUGCAAUACUGUCA